AUGAUAUGUGAGGAAGGCUCGCGUGGCUGUCUUCUGUUUUUCAUUCUGGAAAACAGCUCACAUUUGGCUGAUGCCAACCAUGCUGAGUUUCUGAAUGAGAUGCUCUUGAGACUUGAAGUGUCACUGCCAUAUUUUUUGGUAGACACCGUGAAAAAGGAUGCUGCGGAGUUUCUGCCAGUCAAGAGAGGUCGUUUUUUCAUCAGAGGGCUAAGGAGAGACUGCCUGCCAGACCCCAUGCAGGCGUUCCUCCCUGCCCCCCUGUGCUGCACGGAUCUGCUCCCGGCAGUCACAGUGGACGAGAUUUUGGAUCUGAGCUUGGCUGCGACCGAUGUGCAGAGUUUGUGUGCAGGGCACGCUGCUAACCUCACAUUGUACAAGCAGACCAUAUCUCAGUGCAUCGAAGAGCAUCGUGCCCAAGGCAAGCCGCUGCCCUCGAACACGGUUGUUGUGGAGCUCGACCGAAACCCCUUGAGAACUUUCGGCGGGAAGUGGGGUUGGGGCAAGAUCCCAUCACUGAGGACUACGGGGCCACCUUUGUUUCUUCUGAGUUGCGAGGACUUGUCGAGGCCAUGGCAGGUCAUGCGACUGCACAGGUGGCUCAGCAUCGCUGAGCGGUGCAGCGCUCUGGGGCAGCGUGCAAGCCACGCGGCCUUGUUCUCGAGAGACACCCAUGCCCUGCAUGCGAUCGGGAACGCUCUCUCGCCAGUGCAGCUGGCCGCUGUUGCCUCGCCGCUCGUGGAGGCAGCGGUCAACUCUGGCGUGCUCACUGCAGGCAACCGUUGCAAAGCCUGCGCAGUGGAGCUUCUGCCGCACACGAAGGCUCCAACUGAAGAGGAUGCUCCAAAGACUCUGCCUCGUGACACCAGCGCAAAGCCAGAGGCUUCAGCUGAAGAGGAAGCCCCAAAGACUCUGCCUCGUGACACCAGCACAAAGCCAGAGGCUUCAGCUGAAGAGGAAGCCCCAAAGACUCUGCCUCGUGACACCAGCACAAAGCCGGAGGCUUCAGCUGAAGAGGAAGCCCCAAAGACUCUGCCUCGUGACACCAGCACAAAGCCGGAGGCUUCAGCUGAAGAGGAAGCCCCAAAGACUCUGCCUCGUGACACCAGCACAGCUGGUUUAGAUGGCACCCAGGACUUACCACGUCACCAGCCAGAAGACGUUCUCCGCGGGUCCGCAUUGCAGGCUUUGGAAGAGUCCCUUGCUCGUGCCUGGGUGAACCAGACCGGCCACCACCAACACGCUUUGCUUGGGCCAUCCGAAUUUCAUGCGGCCUUGGUCGCUGCCGAGAGGCCGCUUGUUCUGGAUGCUCAGUCUCUUCUCAUCAAGGACUUGUCUUGGCACAUAAAGGUGGGCGAGGCGUCUCGAAAGACUCCUCUUCUCCCUUGGGAGACGGGUCCCCUUUCUUGGAUCUUUGGUAGGCCACUCAAGAGGCCGCGUCUGGAGCUACCUCGGGACCUGUCUCCCGAUUCAGGAUCUGCUGUUGAUGCGGGGGUGCCUCUGGUGCAUCCACAGCCGGUGCCCAACUUUGCAAGGGAGCGUCUUAGGAUUGCAGCUCUCCUGGCUACAGACGACAGUUCUCGCUGGGAAGCUCUGAGGAAGUUCAGGACGCUGGUUUUGCUUGACCCGGCGCUGUCUCAGGUGGGGCAGUCACUUGCGGCUGAGGCUUUGAUUCUGCGAGACGGCGAUCAGAUGAGGCGAACUUUCUUGGAUGUCUUCCAUGGCAAGAGUACAGCUACCUUAGUGAAGAGAGCCUCGUCGCUUUGGAGGUUUGCCAACUUUUGUUUUGACAAUGGUCUGGGAAAUCCGCUCGGGGCUGGCGAGAAGGUUCUGUACCGAUACAUGUCGCACCUCGAGGAACAUGGCAAGCCGACAUCCGCCUCGGCUUUCCUUCAGGCCUGGAACUUCGCUGUCCACACUUUGAAGCUCUGUAGCCCGGACGCUUUGGGGGCCUUGUCUGCUAGAGUGAAGGGUGCUGCGCAGCGCAUGUACUCCUUGAAGAGGAAGCUUGUUCAGGCAGUACCUUUGACAGUGAAGCAGGUGAAAGGCCUGGAGUACGUGGUCCUGAAGUCCCCGUACCCCCAUUGGCGAAUCAUUGCGGGUCACCUCUUGAUGUGCAUAGGGUCUAGCUGCCGAUUCGCCGAUUCCUUGCAGCUGACCAGCCUCAAGGUCAGCACUGCUCAGGGUGUUAUCCUGGUUGAGGCAGAGAGCUCGAAGUGGAAGACGGCUUCGAGGAAGGACCAGCUCCUUCCUUUGGCCUCCUUGGGAAAGUUCUUCGCUGAGGAGUCGUGGGGAGAAGUUUGGGCUAAGGAGCGCGAGGCUGCUGGUCUUGGCCUCGGCCCGGCGCUCCCGGCUUUCUCCGAGGUGACUGGUGAGUGGCUUAACCGUCCUAUGUCCACGGGGGAGGCCACUUGUUAUCUUAGGGAGUUCAUGACCGCGGCUUCCCAGAUGACUGCUGGUUUAGGGUGUCAUUCUCUGAAGUGCACUGUCUUGUCUUGGGCUGCAAAAUCCACGGAUGUCCCUCUCGCUGAUCGACGUUUGCUGGGGCAUCACAUAGAUCCGGGAGUGGUGUCGCCGCUUACUUAUGCGAGGGACGAGCAGACCCGACUCAUGAAGGUAGUUCAUCUUGUGGUGGAAAAGAUCAGGAAAGGAGCCUUCAAGCCGGAUGCCUCGAAGGUCUGGCGCCUCGCGAAGCUGAUUGAGUCUGGUGGCACGGAGCUGCUUAUUGAACAGACUGUGCAAGGCGAUCCCUCUAUGGAGGAGUCCGAUGACGAGGAAGGCGACUUCGGCGACGGGGACAUGGCCGCUGGAGGAGCGUGCGCCUCGAUGGAGCGAUUGAGUGCAGCUGAGCUGGACAUUGCUAAAGAUAGUCGGAUGCAUGUCUACUCGAGGGUGGUGCACAUCCUGAAAGGAUCCAAGUUCCUGUGUGGGAGGAACCUCUCUCCAAACUAUGAGGCCAUCGAUCCGGAUGUUCCCCUCCGAGACUUGCCGGCAUGCGCUCAGUGCUCGCAGAAGUACCAGCAGCGCGAGUGGGGCAGGCAGUCCUACGGGCGUUGUGCCGAGCUCUUGGUGGUUCUGCCGUCCUUGAAGGACGGGACAGUAGCAGCCAUGAAUUCGACAAUUGACAGCGAAGCCACGUUCGCUGCCCGGGCCACCGAGCUCGGCAUGGAGCGCGCUCUCUUGGAUUUGCUUGUGAACAACAACGUGAAGACGAUGGGCGCGCUAGCCUUUGUGAGCCCCUAUCAAAUCGGUCAAGCAGACGAGAAACCUCUUCUUGAAGCCCUCAAAGCCCUGAUAGGGCGCGACUUGACCGCGAAGGAGCUGAUCCCAGUCAGGCGAUUGUGGUUCGAAGCCUCGACCACAGUGAUGGGGGAGUUGAAGCAGAAAGUAGAAAGAAAUGACUCUGCUGAACCAGUUCGUCUAGCCAUAGCGGAAAGAACAACACGUCUGGAUGAGCAGAAAAAGCGCCUUGUGGGCGUGUGCAUCAACAGUGAGUCUGAACCUUCUCACCGCCUUGUGGAUGUUGUCUUCCAGCAGGGCGCGGAUCAGCAGCUGACGUGGUUGCCUUGGGAGAAGUUGACAAGUCGGGCUCAUGAGUUGACGCAUUCUCGCUCCGACAAUGCCAUCCUGUUUGAUGCUCAGGGCAACAUGAGGCUGACUAAGAAGAUGCAGGAGAGCCAGUGUACUCUGACAGGUGAGCUCCAAGCUCGACAAGCGCUUCAGAGGCGCGCGUUGGCGUAUGACCUCGCCCGCUUGUGUGACUAUGCUGUCAUGGAAACCUACCAUGAGGAGUUGUUCCAGCUCCUCACUCGGCCUCCACCUCCCAAUGCCCUCUACGUCUCAAUGGGCCAAAUCCGAGAAGCUGAUAAGCACUUAUUCAUCAGGAUCGCAGAGCAAACCCGGGGCUCUCUCACUGCUCGCCCGGAUGGUGCUAAGCCUAUGCAACAGCAGCUCGAGCUUCUCAAGAACCAUCCUCAGGUGCAGUUCUUCUUGAUGCCACCGCAGAAGCCUCUCCGCUACUCUCCUUAUGAUGGCAAAGGGGAGGGCAAGAAGGGAGCUGGAGGCAAGGGAAAAGGGAAAGCAUCGACCGGUGCUCCCGCAGGAGGGGCUGCGCAAGUGGACCUCCCAUCUGGAUGCAGUGCCAAACACAAUGGCAAGCCAAUAUGCUUUGCGUACAACAGGGCGGGCUGUAAGUUUGCCAAGGAUGGCAAGCGGUUGCGCCUCGCCCUGGAUCGACUUCUUCAACGAAGGUGUUUCAAGCUGGGGCCUACAUUUUCGGUGUGCUGGCCGGUCUACGCCGGUCUUGAGUUUGUUUUCAGUAACAUUGCUGUCUUUGCGAACUUACGGACUGAGAUGCACCUAGAUCCUAAUAAUCUGGAGGGCACUUUGAACUUUGCCAUUGCCCUGUCUUCCUUCGAAAGCGGACAGAUUCGACUUGAAGGCGGGCCGCAGGGUUCUGAGGCCCUUUUGGAUGUCAAGCCAGGCGUCUUCUUUGAUGCCCGGACUCGACGCCACGGGACCUGUGACUGGACAGGUCAGCGGGUCGUUCUUGUGGCAUUCAGCCUCAGGGGCUCCGAUCGCCUUUCUGCAAGGCUUUCAACGUCAGAUGCGCCGGCGCAUGUCGCUGCAGCUUCGCCCGGCUUUCCUCCUGUGCCUCCGAAUGCUCCUGCCUUUGUUGAGGUGUUCGCUGGCUGUGCUCGCUUGUCAGCUACGUUCGCCCGGGUUGGUUUCAAGGUCAUGCCCUUUGAUGGCCCUCGGAACCCGCAUCAGCCUGAGCAUCCUGUGUGCACGCUUGACCUGACAUUGCCGAUUUGCCAACAGAUCUUCUUGAGCCGCCUCGAGAAUUCCAGUGUCUUCUUGAUUCACUUUGGGUUGCCUUGUGGCACAGGAUCGCGUGCCCGCGAGGCGCCACUUCCCCAACAUCUGCGAGCCCGUGGUGCUCCUCAGCCUCGCCCGCUACGAGACCAUGUGCACGUCUUGGGCCUCCCUUCCUUGAGUCCUCAGGAGUCUGCUAGAGUGGAGGCCGCCAACCGACUGGCCGAGUUCGUGGUGCAAGUGCUUGUGCGAGCACAUGAUCAAGGCUGGCGCAUUGUCAUUGAGAACCCCAUUCGUUCUUGGAUGUGGAGUGUUCUAGCCCACUUUGUGCGCGCGCUUGACAAGCCUCGCUUUCGGUCAUGGUACUCCGAGCUGUUCACUUUUGAUUUUGAUCAAUGCUGCUGGGGCGGUCGCCGUCGCAAAACUUCCAGGUUCUUGACCAAUGUGCCCGAGCUUCGCUCCUUGGUGGCUUCUUGUCAAAAUGAUCACCCUCACGAGCCGUACCGCAUCUUCAGAGGUGCGGCCUCUUCUUGGAAAUUCGACACGGCUUCCGAGGCCGAGUAUCCUUUGCCUUUGUGCGAACAGUACGUUCGCCUCCUGUGCCCGCUGGUCAAUGCCCAGCCGCCAAACCUGCCUAGGCCUUUGGUUCGUCAGGUUCAUCGGAAGCCUCCUCUCGUGCCUGAGUACAAAUCCUUCACAAAUGUCCGCCCUGAAAGUGGUGAGUUUCGCGAGCUCGCGUCAGAUCGGGGUGUUGGCGGGAGCGGCUCAACUCAGGGCUCCACGUUUGGAGUCUUUCACUCUAAGGGUGAGUUCCUUGAGAAGGCGCUGGAAGUUGAGCACCCCUUUGAUUCCGCCUUUGCCAUUGACGAUCAGACCAAAAGGAACGUCUUCGAGUUGCUCACCAUGGGUCUCCUGGGCCCUGCUCGCAGGCGGAUGGACACUCAGAAAAAGCUUUCAGCGUUGAAGCGUGAGCUUGCCGUCGAGGAGAAGCGUUUUCACGCCUCCCUUCCGGAGCACGCCCAAAAGGUGCUCAAGGGGAAGAACAUCUUGUUGUGGAAGAAGCUCCUUGAGGAGACCGGGUUCCCAGACAUCACGGUCGCUGAGCUCAUGGAGGGCGUCCCACUGGUCGGUAGGCCUAGUAAGUCUUCCUUGUAUGGGUGGAAGGAGCAGCCGGCGACCACAACGUUGGAUGAUCUUCUUGUUUCCUCCGUGUGGAGGAACCCUGCGCUGGCGGCGAAGGGCAGAGUUGGGGACGACCCCGUCCUAGCCGAGAAAGUCUGGCAGGCUACACUUUCGGAGGUGGAGAGGGGCUUCAUCUCGGGGCCCUACGAUUCGGAAGAGGACGUUAAGAAGGCCCUUGGAGUUUCUCACAUCUGCUGCAGCCGGCGCUUUGGGGUGAAGCAAGGUGCAGGCGAUGCUUUGAAGUAUCGCCCCAUCGACGACUUCAAGGAGAGUGCCAUAAAUUCUGCCUACCACGCGGUGGAUCGCUUGCAGCUGCAUGACGUCGACUACUUUGUUUCCUUGAUAAGGUUUCUGGCGAACUCCGUGGACGACUCGGGUGCAGUCAAUGUCGAGCUGUCCGACGGGACAGUGCUGAGUGGGGCUGUGCACAGUGACUUUCGAUCGGGGCGGCGCUGGCUUGGAAGGUGUCUCGAUCUGGAAAAGGCGUAUAAGCAGGUUCCCAUAUUGGCCGCUCACUUGCCCCUAGCCGUCAUAAUGGUAUGGGACCCGAACACCAGCCGCAACAGAUAUUUUACCACUUGGAGCAUGCCGUUCGGCGCAUGCGCGGCCGUGUUUGGAUUUAAUCGCAUAUCCAGGUCGCUCUUACAUCUGGCCUCGCACCUUUGCGCCGUCAUAGGAGGCGUGUAUUUUGAUGAUUAUCCUAUGAUCGAGCCUGCUGAGUCUUCUAGGAUGUGCAGCCUCUCGGUGGAAACCCUGCUUGACUCCUUGGGAUGGUCUUAUGCCGUCGGUGACGACAAGGGUCAGCCUUUUGAGGAAACCUUCAACCUCCUUGGCAUGCGGCUGGGCGUUUCUAGAAUCAUGGAUGACAUCCUCGAGCUCGAGAACAAGCCCAGCCGGGUCCAGAAGCUCGUUGAGGCAGCCAGGAGAAUGGCUGCGAGUGGGGUUGUGAGCAAGAGUGACUCUGCAUCCCUUCAUGGCCAACUGAACUUCAUGGUGGGCUUCGCUUCCGGCCGUUCCUUGAAAUUUGCUGCGCGAGCCUUGUCAAACCUUUAUCACUUUCCACGGGAUCAGCCUGACGAGGAGGUGAAGUCCUUGGGCCGCUACCUUGAGUCUGCGCUUUUGAGCUUGGAGCCCAAGGUCAUCAGGCUGAGGUCAGGCGGGAGGCCGGUGUCAGUCUUCAGCGACGCCUCUUACGAAGAUGGAGUGGCGGCAUGGGGCAUUGUCUUGGCAGACCCUGUCUCUGGUGAGAGGCUGGUAGCUGGCGGGAUUGUAGAUGAUCACCUUGUGCAGUUUUGGCUUGAUGAAGGAGUUGAACAAGUCAUUUCACAGGCCGAGGCCUUUGCUUUGGUUCUGGCAAGGAGAGCUUUCAAGGACCACCUGCAGUGCCGCAGAUGCGUGUUCUAUGUCGACAAUGAUGCGGCGCGCUAUGUAUGCAUUAAGGCGAGCAGUCCGAGCCGAACCCUCCUCUCCUUGGCCUGCUCCUUUUACGCCAGUGAGUCUCAUGACGGAGUCAUUUCAUGGCUGGAGCGUGUUCCUUCUGCGAGCAAUAUCGCUGAUCUCCCUAGCAGGGGAGAAUGCGCUGAGGCAGCAAAGCUGAUAGGAGGCAAGAUUGUCGACUGCAGUCAGAUUGCAUCGGACCUGACUUCGGAAAUUUUGUCCGUGGAUGAUCUUCCGUGGAGCCUUCUUGCUACGUCCUACAAGGACAAAGACUUACCACGUCACCAGCCAGAAGGCAGCACCCAGGACUUACCACGUCACCAGUCCGAUGACUUGGAGCUAGAGCUUGAGCGACUGGUUGACGAGCUUUUUUCGGAUGAUGAUCCGGGCAUGGACGUUGAUGAUGCUGCGCCACAGAGUCCACUCGUCCUGAGUGAGAAAGCAACACACCUCUUCGAGUGUUUGGCUAAAGCCAAAGCUUCAUCCAAAAACUGGCUCUCGCCAGCAAGCAAGAGCUCCAAGAACGAGAUGCCUCAGAGCAUCAUGUGCAUCAGGUGUGAGGAAGAGACAAGCAUCUUGACGAGCUACCCAACUGGAAGGAACUGCUUGAGGCGGAUCUGCUCCUGCUGUUCGUCCACAGACCGGUGCCUCUCUCGGAUGGCUAAAGCACCGAAGAAGGGCUCUGCCGAAGAAGCCAAAGAAAGCGAGGAGGCCAAGAAAGCUCGAAAAAGCGCUGAGGCCCUGAGGGGAAGCGUGGCCAAGAUGGGUUCCUCGGAGCGUGCCCAGUGGUACCGCCAAGAGAAACGGAAGCGGGCAACCGAGUCAAAGAAAAGCCGCAGGACCUUCGCAACGGCAGUGGGGGCCUUGGAAGAGACUCGCCAGACUGGGAACGAAGAUUGCAGCGGCUCACGAUACAUGACCCCCCGCGACUGGUGCGCACGGGAAAUGAUCCUGAAGCAGUACAGUACCUUGGAGGAUGCUAUGGUAGCCUACGAGCAGCGCUGCACAGAUCCGGACGUUGUGACCAAGGAGAUCAACGGGGAACUCUGCCUCCGGGUCAACAACGGAGGUCUGGAAAAUGUCGUGGACCGCCAUACCGUUGCAGCAUCCGUGCGGCAGCGGACUGACCUUGGCGAUGGCGAGCAGCUUGAUGGUUUCGAAGAGGAAAUCGCACCUCGCAUGAAACGUGCUUCUGACAAGCUCCAAACAGAGCGGCUUCUGUCAGAGCAGCAGGGCAAGCAGGCCUACGUUCCGGCCGUCGCGGUGCGACGAGAUUUGGAGCAAGAGAAGGAAGUUGCUGAGAACAGAGCUGCUGAAUUUCAGCAGCAAGCCUUGGCACUCAAGGAGAAAGCUGAUCAAAAGAGGAAAGAGUUGAAGGAGAAGCAAGCAACCCAGCUUCCCUCCUUGGCAGUGGCAAAGCUCAGCCUCACCAACGCUAUCCACAAGGCAAAUGCUUCGAUGUCCGAGCUGUUGAAGCGUCAGAAGGCCACAGCAGACACCUUGUGCAAGGACUUGACGAAUGCUUUGUGCAUGUCAGACGUCCCCGUGAAGAGAGAAGCCGAGGAAAAGACGAAAGUGCUGAAUGGCAAGAUCAAGGACCUGGAGACUGCCAUGGAGGAGUCCAUCGCAGAAUGGAACACCAAGGCUGGUGACGAAAGCCUUGACAUCGAAGCCAUGGUGUCAAUGGAGAAGGAUCUGGCAGCCUACAUGAAGGAGUGGCACCUUGGCAAGCACUGCCAGGCAGUGUUGGACACGAAGCAGCAGAUUAAAAACUUCCGCGAAUUCACCUCAGACUGCAAGAAGGAGGUGAAGAAGCGGGACAAGCUGGCCGCGAAGGCGACAGUGAGGGGUUCGAACAAGAAGGCCAAGCUUGAUCAUCCGAACAGCCAGGCAGCUGCCGAGACCCCCGCCUUGGUGGUCAAUCUGUUGAAGCACCUCAAGGAGAACCCGCUUCCCGAUGAAAUCAUCAACUGCGCAACGGAGCCAGAGGAUGAGAUGACAGUGCCCCUUCUGCUCCCACCAACGCCGAUGGAAGGCUUUACCCGGGAUGUGACCCGGCACGAGUAUUACAGCGAGCAAAAGAAGUGGGUGGAGCAGAUGCUGCUGAGGAGCAGCCAGAAGUAUUCGUGUGCGGUGGUCACCAGAGACAAUGUGGCCAGGCCCUUCUUGCAGCAGCUGGACCAGAUCCUGCCGGUGCCACUGCGUUCCGUGGCACGACCCUCGAGCAAGGAGCUGCAAGAGAUCUGGCAGUUGUACUUUUACCAGAUGGCCGGGGACUCCGGCCGCCUCUCGAUGUCCACUGACUGGGGCUUGCCCGAAUUGCGCAUCUGCUGCGAAGGCAAGGAGAUCUACUUGGGGUUCCCCGUGAAGAAGCUAGCCGGCAACACGACGGCCGAGAUGCUGCAGCACCUGGAGCGGAUGCGUGCAGAAGAGUUCCUCACGGCAGUUGAGCGGGAUGGCUGGUGUGUGACAUGCCGCCCUGGGAGGGGAGUCGUGCUGCCCACGAAUUGUUUGUUCGUUCAUCUGAGCCUGCAGGGACCUGAGACCUGCCACGGAGCCAGGAUUCACAUCGUGUCUGACAAAAGCCUCCAGACGGCUCUCACUCACCUGGAGAGGCAGGUCCAACAGGACCCGACACUGGAGUCCAAAAGAACCGGCCAGCUGCUGAAGUGGAUCCGCGAGAGGAUGUCCAGCCAACGUUUGUUCGAUAGCCAAGUGAUGCUGGACAACGACUCUGUGCUGUUCGACAGCCAGGUUGAUCCAGGGACUUGGGCAGCGGGGCGCACGUUGGCUUCACCGGUUGUGCCUGCUGCUAGUUCUACUGCAGUGCACCAGACUGGCCUGAAGCGCAAGAAUGCAUGCCUGGAAUGGGAAGGCGAUUUUCCAGACACCCAGGUAGAGCUGUAUCCGCCGCCUACUAUCGUGAAUAUCAACGAGGACCCAAGCCCAAAACCGAAACCCCGCAAUGAGGUGGCUGAGAAGUCCUCAGAAAAGUCCUUGCAAGAACAGCUAGAAGCCUCCCAGUCGAAGGUGAGUGAGCUGCAGGAACUGAACAGAACUCUGCACUGCAAAGCCGCGGAGUUAGCACAGCAGCUGGUGCAAGUGAUGGAGGAAAAAAACAAUCUUCUGGCUGAGAAGCAUGCGAAGAUGAUCGCUGACUUGAGGGUGGUGCGUUCUGCCCGCGAAGAGCUUGACGAGCUUUUGGAUCUUAAUUUUGAUGACGACGACGAUCAAUGCUGA